CCUUCUGUUAUAUGUGUAAUAUCAACAUAUAUACAGCUCUCUCUUUCUCUCUCUAGCUAGUAUUUUCAUCUUGAAAGAGAAAAUGGCGCUGAAGCUGCAUGGUCUCCCCAUGUCAUCAUGCACCACUCGAGUAAUGAUAUGUCUCCAUGAAAAAGCUCUAGAUUUCGAGCUUAUCCCAGUUGACCUUUUCGCCCAAGGAAAUAAGCAACCUCCCUUCCUUGCUAAAAACCCCUUCGGUCAGGUUCCAGUCCUAGAAGAUGGUGACCUCACACUUUUUGAAUCUAGAGCAAUAAAUGAAUAUUUGGCUGAGAAGUUCAAAGACUCGGGGCAUGAUCUUUUAAGGUCUGAAAACUUGAACGAAUCAGCUAUUGUGAAGGUGUGGAGAGAAGUGGAGUCUCAUCAAUACGACCCUUUGAUAUCUUCAAUUGUGUUUCAACAUUUUGUGGCCCCACUUCAAGGGAAAGAACCAGAUCAGAAGAUUAUUGAUGAAAAUCUAGACAAGUUAGGGAAGGUUCUAGACAUUUAUGAGGCUAAGUUGAGUGAGACCAAAUAUUUAGCUGGGGAUUUCUAUACCUUACCUGAUCUUCAUCACUUGCCUUACACUUUCUAUUUCAUGAAAACCCCUUGGGCUUCACUUAUUAAUGAUCGGGCCCAUGUUAAGGCCUGGUGGGACGAUAUUUCUUCGAGGCCUGCUUUUGAGAAAGUAGCCCAGGGUAUGACUUUUGAUAUGAAAUGAUUGUUUGUAUGGAGUUUUUGUUUUUUCUUUUUUGAAAAAAUAAAAUGUUUGUUAUUUUUAUAUUUUCUUAUCAAUUAAUUUGAUUACUGAAAUGAAAAGAAAAAAGAUAGUGUGUGUGUGAGAGAAGUGGUUUAUAUGGCUAUCAAAGAAUGUCAUUUUGGGUUUAUCAUCAACACUUUGCUCUCCUUGUUUUUGAUUUUUGAUAGGGGAGGAGAAUUGAAAAUUAAAUAAAUAAUAAA